AUGGGGUUUAGUCACAUUUUUGUCUUCGGUCUAUUUCUUUCUUUCUUUCCUUCUUUCUUUCUUUCUUUCUUUCUUUCUUUCUUUUAUUGUUCUUCCACUGCCUUAAUUUCUUUCUUUCUUUCUUUCUUUCUUUCUUUCUUUCUUUCUUUCUUUCUUUUCCCGUCCAUUAACUUGUUUGUUUGUUUGUUUGUUUGUUUGUUUGUUUGUUUGUUUCUUUCUUUAAAAAAAAAAAAAAAAAAAAAAAAUUUCCCGUCCAUUAACUUGUUUGUUUGUUUGUUUGUUUCUUUCUUUCUUUCUUUUCUCAAUGCUUUGACCUCUUUCUUUCGUUCUCGCCUCGAUCCAUCUCGUAUGUUUUUAUUUGUUUCUCUGUUUCUUUCUUUUCUGUAUAUGUAUUAUUUUUCUUUCUUUCUUUCUUUCUUUCUUUCUUUCUUUCUUUCUUUAUUUCUUUCUUUCUUUCUUUCUUUUUUAGUUCGAUUUCUUUCUUUCUUUCUUUCUUUUUGGCACAUUCACUUUUUUAUUUAUUUAUAUAUUUCUUACAUCGAAAGUAUCUAUCUAUCUAUCUAUCUAUCUAUCUAUCUAUCUAUCUAUCCCUUCAGUUAA